AAGGCGCAGCGUGACGCGGACGGGGAUCACUUGCCGGAUGGCCGCUGGGCGGUGGCGCCGCCGACCCGCUGCUGCCGGCGGAGGGCGGCGGGGGCCGACGGGCCGCCCUUCCUGCUGCGGGCGCUGCGCCAUCGCCGUGGUGGUCUGCCUCUACUGGUUCACCCUCCAUCGCCAUGGUCUUCCUCAACAAGAUACCUGCUGGACAGCCCCUCGCUGCGCCUCGACGCCCCCCUCUUCGUCACCUUCUUCCAGUGCCCCUUGACGGCCGCCCCUCGUUGCUCGGCCUCAGCUUGGGGGCGGCCUGCGGGCCCCCCUGCUCCGGCCUGCCCACUCUCCGCCUCGACCCUAAGGUGUCCCGCAGCGUCCUGCCCCUCUCCGCCGUCUUCAUCGGCAUGGUCACCUCCAACAACCUCUGCCUCAAGCACGUCGGCGUGGCCUUCUACAACGUGGGGCGCUCCCUCACCACUGUCUUCAACGUGCUGCUCUCCUACCUGCUCCUCAAGCAGACCACCUCCCUCUACGCCCUCCUGGCCUGCGGAGUCAUCAUAGGUGAGGGGGAGCAGAAGGGGCUGCACCGAUCCUGCAGACAGCCCCAGAGAGACAGAGGUGGAAUGUCUUUCCCUUGGAAGUCAUCCCCAUAUGUGUGGCAGCUCCCUGGUGAGGUGGGGUAGCUCAGGGCUCAUGCCUUGCUCUGCCUCCGGCAACUUGCUUUGUAUGUCUGGAGGAUGUGGAUAACUCAUUAAGAGAGGAAAUUACCCUUGACCGUGGCUCCCUUUUUCUUUUGAGCAGUAAAACCUCUCUGGCCCCUAA